AGUUUGCUUUAAAGUUGGUGAGAGGUUGGAACACUCUCGCAUGUAAAAAUAACAUUUAAAAACGAAAAUUCUUCAAACAAAAAGAAAACAACGGAAAAAAAGAAGAAAUUAAAACAGUCAGCAGGAAAAGAAAAGUUUAUUUGAUUGUGAGGGAGUCGUUAGUGAGAAAAGCGGAAAAAAUAUAUUGUUUCGCCAAAGUGCUAUUUGUUAAUAAAGUGAACAGAAAAAUGUAUUGAAACUGAACUGAAACUACCAUUUAAAACAACAAGAAAGAAAAAUUCGUAAAGGAGCAGAAACGUAACCUUCACCAUUAAGCCGAUAAUCAUUAAAAUGGUUCAUGUGGACGAAUCGGAUCCAGUGGGUGAGCUCGAUUUGAGUUUUCCGUAUCGUGAAGUCACCAUUAAACGAGGCGUCGAUGCCAAGGAGAUUUACGAAAUGGUUACAGAAGUUGGCAGAGGAAAAUUUGGCACCGUCUACCAAUGUAAAGAGAAAUCGUCCGGACUUCAAUUGGCAGCAAAAUUUGUACCUAUACCGAAACGUGAGGAUCGACGUAAUGUUGAACGUGAAGUGGAAAUAAUGAAUUCCCUACAGCAUUCAUUAAUUAUUCAACUUUACGAUGCGUUCGAAUAUCAGAAAAUGAUGUGUGUUGUCCUUGAACUCGUCCAGGGUGGCGAGCUAUUCGAUCGAGUGAUUGAUGAUGACUUUGUGCUAACAGAAAAGGCCUGCAGCGUAUUUGUUCGACAAGUUUGUCAGGCCAUUGAAUUCGUACAUCGGAACAAUAUACUACAUCUUGACUUGAAGCCAGAGAAUAUUUUGUGCGUAACACACGAAGGCAAUCGCAUUAAAAUUAUUGAUUUUGGAUUAGCUAGGAAAUAUGAUCCUGAUAAAAAGUUGCAAAUUUUAUUUGGCACCCCAGAAUUCGUAGCACCGGAAAUCGUAAACUUCGACAGAAUAUCGUUUGGUACGGAUAUGUGGUCAGUAGGUGUGCUCAGCUACGUUUUAGUGUCCGGUCUGUCACCGUUUAUGGGUUCUACAGACGUUGAGACAAUGGCUAACGUUACAAUUGGAAAAUACGAUUUUGAUGAUGAGGCAUUUAAAACGGUUUCGAAGGACGCUUUGGAUUUUAUAACGAAACUAUUAGUAAAAGACGUUGGCGCCCGAAUGACAGCCACCGAAUGUUUGGAGCACAUCUGGCUGAAGCGACGCCCGAUACCUCAAGUAGCCAUCAAACCAUCCGUUAUUGUUCCACCGCCGAAACAGUCAACCCCACCACCAGCCAUUCAAGCAAAUGGAACGGAGGAGCUGAAGACAACAAAAGAUAAUCUCAAAAGUUUUAUUGAACGAUGGGAAGAGCAUCCGAACAGUCCAUAUGUCUUUGACGUCGGGUCAAACCAAAUAUCUCCAAUUAAUGUUGGCGAAGAGAAGCGUAAUGGUGGCAGCGGAUUUUCGUCGAGGGGUUGUUCGCCUUCACCUUGCGGAUCGAUUACUAGCGAUAUGCCACAAUCUGAAGAAAUUCCACAAGAACCAACAUCAGAAAAUCCACUUCCAUUGUCAGACAAUUCUUCGCAGACAGAAAAGACCAGCGUACUUCCUAUUACCGACGACGUUUUCCAAUGUCCAAUCGAAGUUGUUGACGAAGAUCCGAAUAAAAAGCACCUAAAGGAAUAUCUUCAUUCGUUCGAUCGCCGCAAUUCAGACAGCAGUUGUUUGCCGAAUCAUAGUACCAGCACAUCAACAUGUGAAAAACUCAAUCUGGCAGAUGAAAUCAAAAAGCUUUCCGAACGUUUAAUGAUGUUGUCGUCAAUUAACACCGAUCUUAAUGAGUACAAUGAAACGUUAACGAAUGGUGGUGGGACAGCGGUGAAAGAAAAAACCCCGGAACCUGUCAAGAAAGUAGAAAAAGAAACUGUCGUGGGCAAACCGAAAUCGACGAGAAUAGAAGAUUCGAGCGAAGUGAAAUUGGUGAACAACAGAUCGAAAUUCUCAGACAGAUUCAGUCGGUCGAGUAGCAUUGCAAAUGAUUCGGAAACCACCAGCACUUCAAAAUACAGCCGAUUUACGAGAGCAAGUUCUGUUAUUAGCAAUACUUCCAGCAGUUCGUACAACAAACCGUUAACGAAUGGAUUAUCCGAAAGACUCAAAUCGCUGGACGAGACACCGAAUCUUUUACAACGACUCGGAAAUUCGACUCGAAAUUCGUCAACUGUCUCUAUGUCAUCGCGGCACAGCAGCGUCUCGUCGAAAACAUCAACGAAUACAAAAUCAUCGUCGUACAACAGUAGUUAUUCGACAAAUGGCAUAGGCAGUGCACCGUGGCCCGUAACAAAUAAACGAACAAAAUUCCGAAUUUCGCAGAUGAGUCGCGAUGUUCCAAUCGGAUCUCCGUACAGUCAUCAGACAGUCUUCCUUGAAGAAGCUGUUAACACAACGAAAGAUUGUUUGCUUCAUUUGCUCGAAAAGUACAAUGAAUCCGACACGCGGACAGCAUAUAGCAAUCAGGGUCGUCAUCAAAGCAUAGCCGUCGGUUAUGGGAUAUCAGACAAUUUGGAGUACAGAUCAAUGAAUUCGUUGAAUCACUUUUUCCAGAGACAUGCCAGCGCAGGCAAUACGGUAAAACAAAUUCAAGCUAGAAUUGAAUCGAAACGAAAGUCGUAGGUGUGCUGGCAAUGAAAAUUUGUUGUUGAUUUUUGCUUAAACAAAAUUGUUGUCUUGCAAUUUGUACAUUUUCGAACUCCACAAUCAGAUGUAAAUUUCGUUCUGCAAGAAUAUUUAUUUAUUGGAAUAAAUUAAAUUUAAUUAUUAA